CUCUCUCGUAGGUCAGACUGGUCAGUUUUUCAGAGACACGCUUGAGUGAGGGAGGUUAGACCGUGUGUGUGCGGCUGGGAUCAGAAGAGAGGAGCUGUAAGAACAGGGCGGCGUGUGUUCUCGUCCCUGCUGGUCGGGGUACGAGUAGGGAGCUGGUCUCCCCAGACGCUUUUGAAUCUCAUUUCAUCAUCUUUGUCAGAAAACUUAUGCAAAUGGAAGAAGAAUACCGAAGCCCCUCCGAGCACGCUGCUGCCGGCCAUGAGAUGGAGGUGAAAGGCUACAUUAAAGAGUUCACCCGUCACUCCAACGACGUGUUGCUGAACUUAAAUGAACUGCGGCAUCGGGACAUCCUUACAGAUGCCACGCUGCUAGUGGGUACCGCCAAGCUGCGCGCCCACUGCGCCGUGCUCAUCGCAUGCAGUGGAUUCUUCUACACUCUCUUUUCUCGUCGAGCGGCCGGUGCUGGCGGUGAGCGGGGGUUUUCACUCACCCUGCCCGAGGGGCUGGACGCAGGCAGCGUGUCCCUGCUGCUGGACUUCAUGUACACCUCCUGCCUCCCUCUCACGCCCCGGACAGUAUCUGACGUGCUCGCCGCUGCCACCUAUCUGCAGAUGGAGCAUGUCGCGGACACCUGCCGAGCAUUUAUUCACAGUGAAAGGAUCUCUGUGAGUCCUUCUCUAAUGGAGCCAGCCUCCAGAGCACCCCUCGGUGGAAGGUCACCACCUGUUCAUCCCGCCGUCUUCUCCUCCCCCUCCAGGCCUACCGCUGAGGCGGAAGAUCCCAUCCCAGACAGAGCCAGGGUUCCAGGUGAGAGCUUUGCCUCGCCAGAUCCAGAAACUUGCCUGAUUGCUAUCCCCAAAUCUCAGACUCUAAAAUUAGAGGAAUCUUCACCUGCAACCCCGUCCACACCAUCUCCAGACAGUCCUUUCCAUUCCAGCGGGCAGCCCAACUCACCUGCUGAGUCCAGCGGCUGCAAUCUGUCUCCCCAACUGAAGAAACGAUCUGAAUCCAAGCCUACUCCUGACCCAAAGGCCUGUAACUGGAAGAAAUACAAGUAUAUUGUCCUCAACCCUUUGUGUGCCACACCUAUAAAGGAGGAGGGGCCCGGAGAGGAGCGGCAAGAACAAAGCCACGCCCCCUUUGACAAUGAUAGGAUGGAAGUGUCAUCUAAAACAACAAAUAACAUUUGGACAGGGGAGGAGCCUGGAAUGAAUAAUAGGAAAUCCUUGUCUCUUCCAUAUAACACAUCACAGCCAAAAAUAUAUUUUAGUCCCCUUCAUGUCAUGGACCGCAAUUUGCAGCCCCUGCCUCUUUCGAUCAGUGAGGAUAAAGGUCUCUGCAGUCCUUACGUUUGUGCCCAAAUCUCCAAUCAGAGCCAUUUACUGGGCCAACACCCAAUUAAGUUUGAGAACCUCUCUACACAGCUCAGUUACCCUGGAAAUCAAGCCACAAACACAAAACCUUCCUGCUCAGGAGACAAGCCGUACCGCUGUAAUGUGUGUGGAGCACAGUUCAACCGCCCUGCAAAUUUGAAGACUCAUUCCCGCAUUCACUCUGGAGAAAAGCCCUACCGCUGCGACACAUGCGGAGCCAGAUUUGUCCAGGUAGCUCACCUGCGUGCCCAUGUUCUGAUCCACACCGGGGAAAAGCCGUACCCAUGUAACACCUGUGGAACUCGUUUCCGCCACCUGCAAACGCUGAAGAGCCACCUGCGCAUCCACACUGGAGAGAAGCCUUACAGCUGUGAGAAAUGUCAUCUGCAUUUCCGUCAUAAGAGCCAGCUGAGGCUUCACCUGAGACAGAAACAUGGCGCGAUCACCAACACCAAGAUCCGCUACAAGGUUCUGGCUGACCCGUACCAACCUGGGCCCACCCUGCUACAAGCUUGCUAAGGGGCACGUCAAAACAUCUCAGGCAGUGUUGCUAUAUGCUCUUUCUGCAGAUAGGUCAAGAUCUAAACUGAAAAUUUAGGCUAAAGUUUGAUGGAUCUAUAAAUCAGUAUUGUAAAGAGUUUAAAGAGGUGGAGUGCUGCAUUCGAGGACAGUUUGACAAUAAAUAUAGCAAUGAAUGUAGUCUUCCAAGAAUGCAGUACUCCUGCGCUAGAUGUGCUGACUAUUAUCUUUAUUAUUUGUUAAAAUAUGAAUAUUUAUUUUGCUUUGCAUGUUUUAUGUUUCUCAUGCUAUUUAAUCAUAGUUUAUGCUGUUUGUUGUCAUUGGCCACUUUUUCUGUGGCAGGAAAAUUUGUCAAAAAGUAUACAGCCCUAUUCAGACGGUAAUUGUUUCUCAAUAUGAGAAUAUUAUGACAAUAUGUGAAACAAUUACUGUCCAAAUAAGGCUUAAGACAGUAAAACGAAGCAUGUUAUUUGAAAAUACUUCAGUAGAUAUGGAAAGAGUUACUUAAGAGAUGGUUUGUGGCAGAGUGUGAAGACGUUUAUUAGGAGUUUAGAGUUGGAGGUGUAAGAGUUGAAUAAAGAUAAAAAUGAAUGGAUAUAUGGAAUUCUGCAAGAAAGUAGGAAAGAUUAUGAAAGGAAGAUGCAUAGAGAAGAAAGGAAGUGAAAAGAAGGAAUUAAGCAUGUAUGAGAAAGAACUGAUAUUUUUUUGGUUAAUAUGCUGUAAUUUUAUUUAUUUAUUUUGUUUUGUUUGUUUGUUUUGCCCAAAUGCAUUGCUCUUAUUUGUUCAUGAAUCCUUUCUGGUGUUUGUACUAUAUUCUGUUUAUUAUUUAAGAAGAUAACAGAACAGCCAGAAAGGCAACCUCAUAUAUAACCUCUUAGUUGCUUAUUUACCAGUUACUCAGUAUGUCAGUGUACUAAUUUAAAUGGCCUGGAGCCUAUUUGUGUUUAAGUGACAAGACAGAAAGACAUUUGUAGAGGAUUAGCCUCUCUUUUAAAAUGAUAGAGACAAUUUCAUGAUUUUUAUGGUGUAUUAUAGUUGCUGAGAGUCCAAGCAGGUUGAGGACUCACACUAGCCAAACUAAUAUACAUGUAAAGAGUGAUGAUGAUAAUGAUGAGGAUAAUGAUGUCAACAAUAUUAUGUUGCGCUCUUUUGCUGGACAAAGACAAGACCUAUUUUAUAUAAAUUAAAGUUAAAUUAAUUUGUCA